GAUGUUACGCCCGCGUAGUUAGUGUCGAGAACGACACGGCGAGACGACAACGUGCCUCCACGAUGCGUCUGCAAUCUAGUGUAUUGUGCUGUGUACUCCUGGCUUCCCUCACCACUGCCCUCAAACAAUGCGACGAUUGCGUUAAGAUAAGCCAGUGUGCACCGGCGUUGCGUCUUAUCCGCACAGACCGCAGUACGACGGUAAUUCAACAACUGCAAAAUGCACUCUGUGAUAUCGACGGUGUGCAAAAGGUCUGCUGUUCUGAUUUCGUUACAAGUGGAUUUCAUGAAAACAAAGAAGUUGAAGACGAGACACAGACAUCUGAAGACGAAAUGGAAAAUCAUCGUAACAUCCGUCUUUUACCAACUGAGUGUGGCGAUCUGGACGGGAACAGAAUUGUCGAGGGAACCAGUGCGGGCCUGUACGAGUUCCCUUGGUUGGCUCUCAUUUCAUACAGUGACAAAAAUGAAACUUUAAAGUUUAAAUGCGGAGGUUCGGUUAUAAAUGCGAGAUACGUGCUGACCGCCGCACAUUGCAUCGUUAACAAAACAAUAGCUGGAGUUAGAAUUGGAGACUACGACAUAAGCCAACUGGAAGAUUGCGUGGGGGAGGAUGAAAUACGCGAAUGUGAAACAAAAUAUCAGGAUAUCGCCGUAACGCACAAAAUACAUCACCGUGGGUAUGUUACACGGCCACAUAUCCUAAAUGACAUUGGUCUUCUACGUCUCGCCAGACCUGUGGACUUUUCUUACAGAAAUUCUGGCUCUAUUUGUUUACCUAUAACAAAAGAUCUGAGAGAAAAAGAUUUAGUAGGAGAAAGAGGUGUUGUAGCCGGCUGGGGUAUGACCGAAAAUCAAACUAGAUCCAAUAUUCUACUCAAAGUUGAAUUGCCUAUAUUCUCAGAAUCCUUAUGCAAUACGCACUACAAAAGCGAUGCUAAAGUCGGACCAGGCAGCAUGACAGGUACCUUUUGCGCUGGUGAAACAGGCCACGAUUCUUGCAAAGGUGACUCAGGAGGACCUCUUAUGCUCGAAACGAAUUACGAUGGUACAUACAAAUAUGUACAAUACGGCAUCGUCUCGUAUGGUCCUACUCAAUGUGGCUUUGAAAAGCCUGGAAUAUACACCGAUGUCAGGAAAUUUAUGAAAUGGAUUUUGGAUACAAUUGUAGCAUAGAAACAAGAACCAAAAAAAAUGUAUUUAAUAAAUUGAUAUGAAAUAAA